AUGGAUAUCACGACGAAAGUUUCUUCGAUCUUUUUUUGCUUAUUUGACAACACCAAAGGACCCGUUAUAGUAUAUCAAGAUCCUCCAGAUUAUAUCACAUCGGACGCGUUUUAUUCGAUCAUCGAUUUUGUCAUCCCAAAACAAGCGUUUUGCAAUCAACUGAGUAAAAUCACAUCGAAUGGGAAGAUAUACGUGGGACACCCGACGAUGAUCAAAAACCCCAAAUACGGUCGAAACGCACUGCUCUUUAAUCUUGUCUUUGUCUUCUCAAGAGAUACUUCGGACUCGACGAUCAGUCGCUACGAACACCUUAUUGAGCAAAUCAAUGACGAAUUGAGACUUUUGGAAACUAAUGAGGAGUAUUUAAUCAACGUGAGUAAACGCGAUGGGUUAGCAAGCAUAAUCCCACAGAUGAGACAAAGUCUGAAUUCAUACGGAUUUUGUCAUAUCGACUUCUGUGACUCAAUUGAACUCUUCGGAAGAUUAACACUGGAACCAACCAUGAAAAUAGAUGACAUCACUAUGGAGGACGUCCCCGUCAAAAUCAUGGAACUGUCUGCUAUCGAUGAUUUGGGGAUGUUACAAAUCAUGCCAUAUAUCAAUGGAAAGCGGACUGCCUACGACAUCAGUAAAGUCGCACGGGCAGAUGAGGAAAUAGUCUCUGAAAUUUUAAAGCAAUUGGUGUAUGGAGGAUACGUAGUUAUGAUACCCAAAAUCACUGAUGAGAAACGAUUCAUCUGCACUAAACAAAUUGUCGAUUUAAUCGAAGAUGACACCAUGGUGUCGGCUUGUAUCAACUACUGUAAACGAACUAUAUUGAUCAAAUCUACUAAAGUGGAUAUCGUUCAAGCUAUCAUCUCAAUACAACCAACACACACUUGGGGACAAAUCAAAACUAUAUACAAGGAACUCGAUGUCGAUAUGUAUAAACUCCUGAAAUUCUUGCUCGUCAACAAAGUCGUCAGAGAGACUACAAGCACAGAAAGGAUGGUGGAGGUGAUGAGUACAAAAACGUCGAUCACUGGACAGGAGUAA